GUUUGUAUAUUGUUGUCCUGAUAUCUGAACUAUUUAUUUACUUUUCAGAUUGAAAUGUUCUGUCCGUUUUGUGGUGUGCAACUGGGGGACGCUCCCAAGUUUUGCCCGUCGUGUGGUCAGAACGUGGGGUUCCUUACGGAGCGUCAGCCUACAGAUGAACCCUCAGAGGAUGACCUAAUACGUGCCUACUUCAGAAAGGACCACUCCAACGAGGUUUUUAGAGAUUUUUUGGAGACAAAGCAUGGGAUUGUAAUGAGCCUGAAAACUCUAAAAAGAAGGCUGAAACGGCUAAACCUAAGUCGGAGAGCAAAUUACACUCCACUGGAGACUGUGAAUGCUGCCAUCACUACUGAAUUGAAUGGCUCAGGACAGCUGUUGGGCUACAGGGCUAUGUGGCAGACCCUGCGACAGAAGCAUUCACUGACAGUAAGACGAGACAAUGUCAUGCAAGCCCUCAGAUUAUUAAAUCCAACAGGAGUAUCUCUCCGUCAUAGGCGCAGAUUUGUUAGGCGAUCCUAUUGCGCCGCAGGACCCAAUCAGGUGUGGCACGUGGAUGGCUACGACAAGCUCAAGCCCUUUGGGAUUGCCAUCAGUGGCUGCAUCGACGGGUAUUCAAGGCGGAUUAUGUGGCUCAGUAGUGGCAGCACCAACAAUGACCCUGCAGUAAUAGCUCACCAUUACCUGCAGUGUGUUUCGAGCUGUGGCCUUCCGGCUCGUCUUCGGACAGACUGUGGGACAGAAAACGGAGACAUGGCUGCCAUCCACUGUUCUUUAAGAGAGGACCACACCAAUGAAUUUGCGGGUUCUCUCAGCCACAUGUAUGGCACUUCAACUGCCAAUCAAAGGAUUGAAAGCUGGUGGUCCUUUUUCAGGAAACAGAGGACACAGUUCUGGAUGGAUUUAUUCAGUGACCUGAGAGAGAGACACUACUUCAACGGCACCCAUGAACCCAAGUGCCUUGUACGGUAUGUGUUCCUGGGCAUCUUUCAGAAAGAGCUUGAUGAGCACCGAGAGCUUUGGAAUAACCAUACCAUCAGGCCUGUCCGUCAGUCUCUCUGUCCAUCUGGGAAACCGGAGACCAUGUACCACCUGCCUCACAGGUUUGGUGGAAGGGAUUGUGGAUUCCCAGUGGAUCCCCAAGUGUUACAGGAGUUCAAAGACCUUCUGCCACCCACGAACAGUUUGUGUGGAGAUGCUAACCUCCAAGCAUAUUUUACCAACUUGGAGAGACAGAGCCAGCUCGUUCCACCCAUAAACUGGCCAGCUGCUGUUGACAACUACAUUAGACUUAAGGAAAUGGCUGGUCUUUGAGAGAGAGAGAGAGAGAGAGAG